AGCUAUUAAAACAAUAACCCAGCGUCCAUCCUGUGAGAAAGAGCAGAUACAAGAUGCUGUUGAUUGUGAAGAUGUAGAACAUGUAACUUCCUCAAUCAUUUUGCAAAUAUUUUUAAUCAUCUUUUUUAAAAUGGUGUUUUAUAUAAAAAAUAAGUAGAUACAAUAUCCAUACUUAUAGUGAAAUGAAAAUAUAUUUAUCUUAAGGUUGAUGUAAGACCACAGCUACACAGUAUCUUGCUCAAGAAACUGUUCAAUAGAAAUGCAACGACUCUCUUCAGAGAUUAAAAAGUUGGAAGAAGAGUUAGUUGCUCUAAAGAUCAACAGCAAUAAAAGAAAACCCAUGACUGUAGCGGAAAUUAGGGACAGCAAAGAAAAGGUUAAUAUAUAUUAUUGUUGAUGAGGUAAAAUGAAAUUUACAUACUAUAAAAAAAAAUUAUCAAAGGUUCUUUCUUGUGAAAUUUAUGACUUAUUCUGCAGAUGCUGCUUUACACAUCAAUACAAUAUGAUGUCUUUGAAGUGCUUGUGGGACUGCUUGGUCGCUUUGAAUUAAAUUACUUUAAUGGUUGGUCACCAUCACUAAAUAUUGAAAAUCAGCUUCUGAUUGUUUUGAUGAAGCUGAAGCUCAACCUAAGAGACAUAGACUUGGCUCACAGGUUUUGUGUAAGCAGAUCUACAAUUUCCAACAUGUUUAACACAUUGGUUCAUGCCCUCCAUGAAAUGUUGUAUGUGGGUGUUGUUGACACAUGUUUCCCCAGUCAGCUUAAAUGCAAAGGCUCUAUGCCUAAGUCAUUUGCAGAGUUUUCCUCUGCAAGGGCUUCCAUGGAUGCCAUUGAGACAACCCAAGAUAUUCCUGGACACCUGGAUACACAGGCCAUGGCAUACAAUUCAUAUAAGAGCCGUCACACUGUUAAAGCAGUGACUUGUGUCGCCCCAAAUGGUGCCAUCACUUACUGUUCUCCUUUAUAUCCAGGAUCAACAUCAGAUGUUGCGAUUGUGCGUCACAGCAGAGUUCUUGAGAAAUUCAAACCUGGAGACCUGAUUUUAACUGACAAGGGAUUCACAAUCCAUGAUCAAUUACCCCAAGGUGUGUGCUUGAACAUUCCAGCAUUUUUAUCCUCAAGAGGGCAGUUUACCAAGAAAGAAGCAGAACUGUGUUACAAAAUAGCCAGAGCAAGAAUUCACGUGGAACGGGCUAAUGAGAGGAUAAAGAACUUUGAAAUACUUCGCCACAUACCAGCAACCUACAGGCCAUUAUCAACCAAGAUAUUUCAACUUUGUUCCUCCUUGGUCAACUUGCAAGCACCCCUUUUGAAAGAAAUUUCAUAG